UUCACGACCAGUUCAACUGGGCCUGAACUGUUCCUCAAGUCAGUCCAAUUCACCACCACGCAAAAAAAAUGCCUAAGUCGAAGCGCGCCAGGGUGGUCCAUUUGUCCAAGACGGAUAAGAAGGGCAAGGAACUGUCGCAGAAGCUGUUCGCCAAUGUGCAGGAAGCCGCGGACAAGUUCUCGUACAUUUUCGUCUUUGCGGUGGAGAACAUGCGGAACACUUACUUGAAAGAAGUACGGGCGGAAUUCGCAUCAGACAGCCGCAUAUUCUUUGGCAAGACUAAAGUCAUGGCGAAAGCCCUCGGCCUUACCCCCGCCGACGAACAUCUCCCAAACCUCUCCACCCUCUCUGCUCACCUUAACGGCAAUGUCGGCCUCUUCUUCACAAACGGCUCCCCUGCCUCCAUCCUCGAGUACUUCUCCUCCUACGCCAAAACCGACUUCGCGCGCGCCGGCAUCCCCGCUACGCAAACCUUCACUAUUCCCUCCGGCGUCGUGUACUCGCGCGGCGGCGAGCUUCCUCCCGACGACGAUGUCCCGCUUCCGCACAGCCUGGAAGUGACGGUCAGGAAAUGGGGGAUGCCGACGAAAUUAGUCAAGGGGAAGGUGGUGCUGGAUGGAGAUUAUACGGUUUGCAGGGAGGGGGAGGUGUUGAAUAGCCACCAGACGGCGCUGUUGAAGUUGUUUGGUGUGGCAAUGGCGGAUUUCAAGAUUGAGAUGAAGGCGUAUUAUUCUGCGGCUACGGAGACUGUGACGGAGGUGGAUGCUAUGGAGGAGUAAGGCUGGAGGUAGAGGGGAGGGUAGGCAUUAUGAUGGCGUUUUGGCGGCGUUAGGAAGGGGGCGGGAAAAUAGAGCGUCUUGUUUUUAGGAUGUUCAUGGC